AUGCAGCUUCGAGGUCUCACAGUCGACGCAGAUGUUAUGGGGCGGCCGGUCGGAGUUGGAGGAACUCAACAAGGAGAUUUCUGGGGCACAAGUGGUCAGGGAUCUUGUGGAAUCUCUCAGUCGCAUAGACCUACAACCAACCCUCAACAUUUUAGCUCUGUCUACUUCCUUGAGAAUGGGAAAAACUCCCGUCAAAACCCGCCGAAAAUGAGGAAUAACAGUUACAACACCCUCUGGAUUCGAAGAAUAGUGCGAGGCGCCUGUCCAGAAACUCUGCGAGAUUCGGCGGUAGCUGAAGAAAGGGCGGAGUGUCAUUGCGUCUUGGUUCCGUUUGGGAGCUGUCAUGAGGCCAAUUUCUACACAGUUUUCAGCGUGUCUCGUGGCCCACUUCCCCAACCGUUACAUCUUCCCAGCAUUUACAUCUAUGUGUUGUGUCUCUGGGGUGUUAUUAGGGUGCAAAUGUCGAAACCCGUCAACGUCUAA